UUCGGUUUUAUAAGAAUAUCGCGGUAGUAUGUUUCGUGCUUUUUAAAACGAGGAGAGCUAUGAGUCGAGCAUGUUUUCUACAUUUGCAACCAGCUGCUUAGUUAAAAUAGCUUGAUAGCCAACCGGCUAAUGUAGCAUUAGCCAGAUAGCCAGUAAUACACAGACAGCGAACCUGCGAUAUAUCUGCUAACGGCUCUUUCGUGACAGGACGUUAAGCACGGAUAAAAGAGCUGAAGCUGACUCGUUUAUCUCCGGAUGUAACUGUGAACGAGCAGUAAGAUGGACAGUGAGGAGGCUCCUGCUCAGAGGCCAGUCUCCUUGGAGAUCACAGUGGAAGAUGUAACUACUGAAGGCCCAGACCCUCCAAAGCUAACCAUCAGCCAAACCCCACCCAGAGAAAAUCUCCUUCCCCAGGUAGAGAGCAUCGACUUGGGCGGGGAGUUUUCCACCCCCCAGGAAGACAGCAGUGCUACACCUUCAGAGAGCCUGAUGGACAAGCUAAAUGACCAGAUGAUGGAGAGCGUCCUGAUUUCUGACUCGCCUAACAACAGUGAGGAGGACGACGACGUAGCCCCCAUGGACUCCUUUCUAGAUGCAGUGGAGGAGGAAGAAGAUCAUUUUCACGAGACAUCAGUCGACAAAGAGGAACAAAGUGAAAUAGGUCAGAAUACGACUGAGAUUGAAGUUACAGUGGAGGAACAGGAGAAGGAUAGCUCUGUGGAGAAAGUGGAUGAAGAAACCAGGGAGCAGACACUGGACACUGAGGAGCAGGUGAUAUCCUGUGUUUCACUCCAAGUUGACGAGCACAGCCCGUCUGAUCCCAACAGUGGGGAACCGUCACUACUAGAAGCUCAAGAGAUGAAAGAUUUCUCUGUGCCGGUGUGCACUAUAUUCAGCCAUGGCACCCAUCCAAAGUCUUUGGUGCCCGAUGGAUUCCAGCCCACCCUCAUCAAGUCCCCCAGUUUUAGCAUGGGGAGCGGUGUAGAAACCAGUGAGGCAGUGACCCCCAGCAAGCUGAUGGCCCCCCUCGUGUGCCAGCCCAGCCCCAGCCUCAGUAAGUUCUUCAAUGAUAACGGACAUGUCAACCCAGCCUCAGAUUUCUUUGAUUCCUUCACUGUCCCCUCCUCCUUCAUCUCUGUUUCAAACCCAAAUGCUGACAUCCCUCCUGGUGCCACCCCAGCGUCCAUAGCCCCCACCCCUGAGCACCAGCUCUCCUCCACCUCCUCCUCCAUCUCCAACCCCGGUGGAGCUCUGGACUCUGGUGCUCCCACUCCUAGUUCAGUGUUUGCCCCAUCUGAAUCCACCGCCAAGGCCCAACCUCCUCCAUCCCAAGAAGCCCCAGCUCAAGCCCCUGCCCCAGCCCCUCAGCCGCAGCCCUUCAACACGCUCCAGGCUGUGUUUUCGGGCAGCGAUGACCCAUUUGCGACAGCGCUGAGCCUGAGUGAGGUGGACCGGCGCCAUGAUUCCUGGCUGCCAUCUGGGGAGACCAGGAAGGUGCUGAUCUCUGUGGCCUCCCAGCAGUACAGCCCUGCCUAUGUAGAGACCACCAGACUCACUAUGCCCGGACUCAAGUUUGACAACCUUCAGGGCGAUGCUGUUAAAGACUUAAUGCUUCGUUUCCUGGGAGAAGCGGCGGCAAUGAAGCGUCAGGUCCUCACCGCCAACUCUGUGGAGCAGUCCUUCACGGGCCUCAAACGUCUCAUCAGCAGCAAGAACUGGCGGGCCGCGGUGGAUCUGACGGGCCGGCUGCUGACAGCUCAUGGUCAGGGGUACGGGAAGGCCGGCCAGCAGAGCUCCCACACCACCGACUCACUGCAGCUGUGGUUUGUGCGGCUCUCCCUCCUGACCAAGCUGAACCUCUUCCAAAACGCUGAGCUGGAGAUUGAGCCCUUCGGCAACCUGGACCAACCGGACCUCUUCUAUGAGUACUACCCCACUGUUUACCCUGGGAGGAGAGGCUCCAUGGUGCCGUUCUCCAUGCGGCUGCUGCACGCCGAGCUUCCCCAGUACCUGGCCAAGCCCCAAGAGGCUCUGGACCGCCUGCACAAUCUCAAAACCGUCUGCCUCGCUAUUCUGGAGAACUUGGAGAAAGGAUUGGCUGAGGAUGGCAGCAUGAUCACCCUGACACAGGAGAAUAGGCAAGGGUCUCUUAAGCUGUGGAGGUCUCGUCUCAGCCGGGUCAUGUACUCCAUGGCCAACUGCCUGCUGCUGAUGAAGGACUAUGUUCUGGCUGUGGAGACCUAUCACUCCAUCAUCCAGUACGAACCCCAGCAGAGAGUGCAGCUGCUCAGUGGCAUAGGACGCAUCUUCUUGCAGAUCGGAGACGUUAAAACGGCAGAGAGGUACUUCCAGGACGUGGAGAAGGCGUGCCAGAUGACAGGGAGCCAGCCCAGUCACACCACAUGCGUGCUGAUGAACAGGGCCUUUGUCUCCCUCAGUCAGAACAACUACACUGAAGCACACGCAUCCUUCACUGAAGUCUUAAAGAUUGACCCAAAGAACCCCGUUGCCAACAACAACGCAGCGGUGUGCCUGCUCUACCUGGGCUGUCUGAAGGAGUCCCUGGGCCAGCUGGAGGGCCUGGUGCAGCAGGACCCCGCCCUCUACCUCCACGAGAGCGUCCUCUUCAACCUGACCACUAUGUACGAGCUGGAGUCGUCCCGCAGCACCCAGAAGAAGCAGGCUCUGCUGGAGGCCGUGGCCUGCAGGGAGGGGGACAGCUUCAACACGCAGUGCCUCAAGCUGGUGUGAGAGGACAUACACAUCAGCAUCACGUGUGACCGGAAUACAGCAGCAGGAGUAGAAUGUUUAGAGGGGUGGACAUGUGGAGAAAGAAAGUGAGUGUUUCUGUCUUGAUGUGGUUACCAGUUAUCACAAGGUCUUCCAGAACUGGUUUUAUUUCUACAAAAUAGAAGUGGAAAGCCCAAAGACAUGUUUCUCUUCAUGUCAUGGCACUUCUCUCCUUUUGAAAGGUGACCCUGUAAUGAUGCACACAUUUCGUCACAGUAACAGAAACCCAGGUGGUGGAAUGACAUUCCGGAAAAGAAAUGACCCUACAUUAGAAAUCAUGUGUGUGGAAGUAGUUUUAUUUUACAGUUAAAGGAACAGCUUGACAUUUAGAGAAAUACGCUAGAUGAGAAUAUCCAUACCACCCGUGUUUGCACCCUUAAUAUUAUGCUAACUGAAAAGUUCUGUGAUAAUGCAAUUGCAAUAUAGAAACCUUUUUAAAGUUAGAUCAACAGGAAGUUAUUUAUAGACAAUGCAUUCAUUACAUUUGAAUGACAGUGAUAAGGAAAUGCCAACCAGCUAUUUGUUUUCCAGUGACAGCAAUGUUCAUAUUUAUUAAGCUAACCUUGUAAUGUCACUCGAGAAAAAAAAAAACACAUUUUAUAGGCUAGCCAUUUUCCCCUCAUUGCUUUCUUUGUGCUAAUUUAAGCUAACAAGCUAAGCUAACAGGCUGCUAGCGUUAUAGUUAUUCUCCUCUGUAUUUCUCAAAAUGUUAAAAUGUUCCUCAACAUUUUUAUCAAAGAUUUUCUGGACACUGAGGAAUUAUGAGCAUUAAGCGUUGUGAGAUUGGAAGCGAGACCUCAGAUGAACAUUGCACUACAGACCGGCAGUGGUUUUAAGGGAGCUGCAGACUCAUAAUGUGAGUCCUGACACGGGCAUUAUCCUGAGCUUCAGUAUGCUUAAAGACUAAUAAAGUACCAGAGGUCCAAAGCUUCCUCCCCAGCAGACACCUGUACAGCUGGAUUAACAGUCCAACACCACUCCAUUUCAGCUGCCAGCUUUAUUAACUCAGAACAUAGAUAAGCCCUUCUGAUUGCAUCCCAUCCUGUUCACUAAACUGUAAAAUAUUAAGAAUCAAAAUGUGUACAUAUCAGAUUUUUUUUUCCCUUCUUCUGUUAUUAUAUAAAGAUUGUCUUGUUAAAUCUUUUAUUGAUUUGUCCUGAUGGAUCUUUAAACUAUCACUGUUUACAUAUUGUGUUGAUCAUAUUUAUGUAUAUUCAAUUGUGUUUUAUCUGAAAUAAAAAACAUAUUUUAAAAUCAA